AUAUAACGGUCAUAAAAACCUUCAAUUUGCUUAUCCGGCAUUACCAUAAUGUACCUUUUCGCCACCUUUAUUUGAGCUUAUUACAUCGACCUCACCAAAUCUCAUUGCAAGUCCGAAACCAUUCCCACAUUCUCACAUACCCUAAGCACCUCUGCAAAGGAAAAGGAAAAAAUAACUCCCAUAGCAACCCACGUCAUCCAAGAUGGAGGAACAACACAGCGACCGCACGUUCUUACAGGAUGCAGACCAGACAGCGCAGCCGCGAGCUGAUAAAGCUAGAGAGAGGAAAAAAAGUGUUGGUAAAGAAGAGAGCGAUCCUGGAGGCGCCGAGAGCAAUGUAGGAUCCAAGUAUUUGAGCCCUGAUGAAGAUGAGGAGAAGAAUCAGGACGAGCCUGAGAUCCCUGGCCAAGCUAAGUCAGCAUUGCCUCAAACCACCAAGAGUCGGUCCACUGGGCCGGCAUGGGAGAAGAAACAGAGAUCCUAUGAUGGCAUCCUGGCCGAGGAGGAUAAAUCUGGGGCAAAGAUGGCCUUGAGCCAGCAAGAGAUUCCGCCUCCACGGCGGCGGCGGCGACAGCAGAUACGACCACAGCCUGACGAGCAGCCGGAGCCAAAGAAAGGCAAUGACAAUAGUGCACUAAGGUUGCGGCUGGACCUAAACCUCGAGAUAGAGAUUGAACUCAAGGCGAAGAUCCACGGAGAUCUCACUCUGACCCUACUAAAUUAGGUUUAAUUUAUAUUUUUAAGAAUCCAGGUUGUAUAUAUUAUACCAUUCAAGUAAUUUAAUACU